GCGAUUUCCCCUCAUAAACAUCACCCUUCCCUUCGUUCUUCUAUACAUGCAACCCAGCAACAACACAGGGACUGCGCAAGGCUGAAUGUCACCCUCGCAGCCUCAUUAGCCAACUCGGGACCUGUGUUGCACUCUAGGACCUUGGCAAAAGCCGUGGCGACUUGGCCCGCCUUUUCACUGGUCGGCUCGACCCCCAGCCAAGUCUUGGCAUUCCUCCUCUCACCCGACGGAAUCACAAGGCUGCAGCGAUUCAACAACCUUGGCUUGGCUUGGCUUGGCUAAACAUCACCUAAGCCGUUUGGAUGUUUGCAGGUGCUGGUUCGAUGCCCGCUUUGAGAAAGCGCCUCGGGGCGUCGAUUGUGUUGACGCUGCUGUCGCUUGUUACAAUUGUCCUUCUGCUUCCUACUUCGAGGGUGAGCACGCGAUUACAGAAGAUUGCCCUUGGUACCACGAUCGAUGGGUCAUUAUGGAGUUGGAGCUCAAGUUAUGAAGAGGUAGAGGAGGAUCUUGGCGGAGAGGGAACUAGAUUGGUGAUAUUCGGUGAUUCGUGGGUUGAUGAUACAAUUGAAAAUGGGCAGGGCGGGAAAGGGAAAAGCUGGGCUGAUUAUUUGUGCGAAGAGAUAAACUGUACCUCUCGUCUUAACUUCGCUGCGUCCCAACCUUUUGAAUCCUGGCCUUCAUUUCCGCCAACAGGGGUCAUGACAUCGAAUUCAAUUCACGAAGCCACGAUCUCGAAGUCUAAAUACACCAUCGCUUUAGAAAUCGCCGAAUUAUCACUUCUACCCGACCUAGCUACUCAAAUCCAGUCAUACAUAGCUCUCCCACUACCAACACAGCGGCCGACCGAAACUAUAUUCGUGCUUUCAUUCGGGUUUUGGGAUGUUUACGACUUCUCUAGGCUUGAUUACCCCAUUGGGCAAAAUGGUACAGACAACUCAAUCAAGGAAAUCUUCAAGCAACUAGAUAUCCUAUAUAACCACUUCACUACCAACCUCUACUCCGCAAACACUACAGAUCACAGGGAGACCACAGCACCCUCGUUCCGAGUCAUAAUACCGAGACUCUUCGACCCUACGCUGCUCCCAGGAUGGCUCACGCUUCGCCCUUCUCCUCCAUCUCCGAGCAGCGUAGCAGAGCAACAAAAAAACGCCGUCUACCUCACCGAACGCUGGAACAACAUCAUGGUGAACCAAGUCGCGCAAUGGGUCGUCACCCCGCCUCCACCAGCUCCUCAAAAAUUUGAACAAAGCCCAUCAGACGAAGACAUCCGCAACAACAGCGAGCCUUUCCAGCCCACAGAAGAAGACCGAAUAAUUCAAAAAGAUGUCUUUUACUACGACCUCCCCAAACUCCUUCUCGAUAUUAUUAUCGAACACCAGCUCGAAGAUGAAGGACUCUCCGAUGCAUCUGGUCUCGGAAAGGGAGAGAGCCUAUUUGAAAGCGUAUACCAACCCUGCGUGCAUGAGGCAGAGGGUGACGACACAGACGGCCUGAUCGAUCUUAACGGGAUGCUAGUCUGUAAAGGGCCGGAAGACUACCUUUUCUGGGAUUCGUUUAACCUUGGGCCUGCGGUGAAGGGAAUGAUUGGGAAAGAGAUUGGGGACAUGGUUAGGGGGAAUAAGACGUUGAGGAAUCAGUGGGAGCAUUGAGAGAUGUUGCAUGUAGCAUUUGAUGGGAUUAAAGAACGUGGGAAUGGGUAGGCAUUUGUGGAGUUUUGGAAUAGCGAGCAAGGUUUCCUGGCGUUUGAGUCGCAUUUAGGAGAUACCAAAGAUGUUGUAAGAAAUGGAUAUAUAGAAGGAUGUCGUACAGUGUCGUCUAAAAGUUUCCUCUUGAAACCCUGUGUGAUGUGGUAGAUUCUCUUGUGAGCACUUGCAACCAUAAAAUUAGAUAGCCAAAUCGGUAGCAUUGGUACCGGCCAAAGAGACAUGCUCCGUCCCUCCCAUGGCC